AUGCAGGUUCUGCACCACGUUACAGAGCAACAGAACCUGCGAGAGCUUGGGUUAGCACCUGAAGGAGGCCUUUUUGUUAAAGAAGGAGCGCUCCUCUGACACCAUGGCCAACUCUGGCAUCCAGCUGCUGGGCUUCUUCCUGUCUCUGACCGGCAUCGUGGGGCUGAUCAUCGGGACCGUCCUGCCCCAGUGGAAGAUGUCCGCCUACAUCGGGGACAACAUCAUCACGGCCGUGGCCAUGUACCAGGGGCUGUGGAUGUCCUGCGCCUUCCAGAGCACCGGGCAGCUGCAGUGCAAGAUCUACGACUCCAUCCUGCAGCUGGACAGUUCUCUCCAGGCCACUCGCGCCCUGAUGAUAGUCGGCAUCAUCGUGUCCAUCUCGGGUCUGGGCGUGGCCUGCAUGGGGAUGAAGUGCACCACCUGCGGGGGCAGCGACAAACUGCGCAAGGCCCGCGUUGCCAUGACGGGCGGCAUCGUUCUUCUGGUAGGAGGACUGUGUGCCAUCGUGGCGUGCUCCUGGUUCGCUCACAACAUCAUCCGAGCGUUCUACAACCCCUACACGCCGGUGAACACCAAGUUUGAGUUCGGCGCCGCCAUCUUCAUCGCGUGGGGCGGCUCCCUGCUGGACGUUCUGGGCGGGGCCAUGUUGGCGGCCUCCUGUCCGAGGAACAAGCAGGUCUCCAAGUACCCGCCUGCGGCCGGUUCCUGCUCGGGCCCCCCCAGCAGCACCAAGGAGUACGUCUGAGGCCCCGCCUCCGCCCGGCUGGGACUCUGAACACAACCAGGCGCAGAGGAAGACGUUCGCCCAUCGCCGCAGCGUCGGAGCAGAACCGAACCCUCGGACUGAAAGCCGGAUCCUUUUUAGAAAGAAGACUCCCACCUCGUCUAAACAUUCCAGCUGAUCUUCUCGAACACGUUAAAAUUGACCCUGCGGGGGUCUGGACUGAACGUUAGCAUCCACGUGUUAGCGCCGGCGCCCAUUAGCAGUCGCCGUGUAAUUGGAAGCAAUCAAUUAGACUCCGGUGUCAUCCCGUACGGUGGAGGCACGAGGCGAUGGCAGCACGUUUAAUUUAACCCCAUGUCUCUCAGACAUUUUACUACGACACCCCCCCCCCC